AUGGAACCCCAUACCUUUGCACCGAUAUCCCAUCCUGAUCAGUAUUUCUAUGGACCAACUGACUGGAGACGCGAGCUUGGUCAUCAUACACCAGUACAUCCACCAUGGGCACCAAACCAGGUUCCAGUCCCCCAUGGAUAUGGAAUGCACAGACCGUACGCCGUGGGCUUCGACUCACAACUUCAAAUGGGCCCGCCCGGCGGGCUUCCGGUGCCCGGUUCGGCGCCUCGGUCCUAUCAGCCAUACUCUCAUCCCAUCUCAAUGCCACAUGCUCGACCAUGGCCUGAGGGUUUCUCGCAAAUGCCGGUUCCGGUUCCGGUGCCUGUUCAACCAAACCCUCUUGCAGUUAUGCAAUAUUCCCAACCCGGCUUGUAUCCCAGGCAGACGUCGGAAAAUGAGCUGGGUCAGGGGCAGAGUGGCGUAGCCCUGGAAUCAGAUGCGCAAACUCAUAUUGCCUAUCCACCACAACAUCAUCCAGUCCCUCCCAUGAACCAAUUUCCCGGAUCCUUAUCCACGCCUCUGCAGACCAGUCCCAUUCCUCUACAAUCAGCCCGCCGGCUAGGCUACCACUCUGUAUCCGGAAUACCCCCACGGGUCUCGCGGGCUCCCCUCUCGCCACUCCAUGGCCCCCCACCCUAUUACGCCGACCCAUCUGGGCCCCCGCCAUACACGCAUCGAAGACCGGGCCAUUCUAGGGCACGCCGGUCUGCAAAUAGCCGUUUGACAGCUGCAGAUAUGAAUAGGGAUAUAGAGGAUAACGGGACACUUGAUGCCAGUGGCCCUAGAUCGGACCGAGACCGAGUAGUAAACCCGCUGCAGGUCGCUGCGGGAACUGCCACCGGGGCCACGACUACGACUGAGCAGAGAACCCAUACCUUGGCGGAAAAGAUGACCGUGAAAAUUUGGCGUUCUCUUUUGCAGAAAGUCGAGCUUCAAGACUUGCCGGAGAAUGAGAGAACUUGCGUUAUUUGCUACAACGACUACGGCGCGAAAACCCCUGAGGGAAUUAACGAGGAACCUCUGCGGCUGCCAAAAUGCAAACAUGUCUUUGGAAACCACUGCCUUGCAAGGUGGUUUGAGGAUUCCGACAAUUGUCCAUAUUGUCGUGACAAGCUGGAACUGCCUCCCAAGCAUUCGGAUCGCGUCGUCAGUCAGUUUUUCACGGCUAUGAUGAGUGCUCGUCAUCAGCUUCCUCCUGGACCAACGGAAGAGAUGUAUCUGAGGUUCAUGUCCAACCUCGUAACUGCUGAGGGGCUUGGUGGAAGCCAAGAGCAAGAGCUUGCUAUGGAAAGGCGUCCGUUUCAUGCCACUGGUGAUUCUGAUUCAUCCUCGUAUGACGGUGAAGCUGUGUCAUCAGCCUCGUCGUUGGCAGCGACUUCCACCUCGCCGAUUCGAAACGCCCAGAGAGAUAACGCAAGACAUUCUCAGUGGCUGCCUCGAGUGCCCCAACAGCGAGGCGCACAUCCCCCUACGAGCCAGGAGAGGGAAACUUCUCGGCAUCGGAGAUAUCGAUCGUCACGCGGGAAUACUUGGUCGGUCACAGCCAAUGCAGACAGUGACCCGUUGGAGCCAACUCUUUCACCUUUACAGGCCCAAUCACAUGAUGCGACGCCAUCAAGUUUGACGAUACCCGCGGCCAAUGGUGAAAGCAGCGAAGGUUCCAGAAACGCGGCAGAUCUCCAAACUCAGUCAGCAAACAUGGCAGUGGCGUCCGCAGUACAGAGCAGGAUCCGACCGUGGUGA